AAUAAAGGCUGAUCUUCUUUUGAGUGUGGACAGGAGUGGGACAGGUUGGGUGGGACUCGCGGAAGAGGGGUUUGUAAAGCCGAGGACAUGUGUUUCGGAAGGCGCGCUAGGUGUAUCGGUUAUAAGUUGCUGGUCCUUGCCUUGCUCAGCAUCGUGGCCAACGUUUUGCUUUAUUUUCCCAAUGGUGAAACAAGAUUUGCUUCAGAGCAUCAUCUCGGCAAAUACGUGGAGUGCCUUCAUGGCAUUCUGGGUGGAGGCAUUUUGGUCCUCGUCCCCGCCGCCGUGUUCAUCGGGCUGCACAGCGGCGACGGCUGCGGGUGCUGCGGCCACGAGAGCUGCGGGAAGGGCUGCGCGAUGCUCUCCUCGGUUCUGGCAGCCUUCGUGGGGAUCCUUGGCUCUGGAUACUGUGUGAUCAUUUCAGCGCUGGGCUUGUCUCAUGGACCGUAUUGUUUUACUCACCUAGAAAGAAACUGGGUCUACCCUUUCGCCGGGUCCUCUGGAGGGUACUUGUUUGAGUAUAACAAGUGGUCUGAAUGCCAAGAGCCUCAGAACAUCGUGCAGUGGAACGUCACCCUCUUUUCCAUCCUGCUUGUCGUGGGUGGAAUAGAGUUCAUUCUGUGCUUCAUCCAGAUCAUCAACAGCAUCGUCGGAGGGCUGUGUGGGCUGUGCUGCAGUCACGAGGAGACAUAUGUUUGCUAGAAACCUGACACUGUUGGCGUCCGUGCAUGCGUGUGGUGUUUUGAGACUUCUGUGGUUUGGUUUGGUUUUUAUAUUGCAUGCAUACUCAAAUGCGGAUUGUUUGUUGUCGAACUGUUUUGCUGCCAUCGGUGUAGCUGACGUGGGGCCAGCCUGUGCUCUUGGAGUCACAUGCAGCUUUCCUCUGAUCCACCUGUGUCUGUUCUUUGGUUCGUUUCCUCUUAGUACAGGCAACUGCCUGAACAUCCUGAACAUCUCACUAAAGAUGCUUUUUAUUUUCCCGUCUACUGACAGAACAGCCUCGUACUUUAUGCUGUUUUCCCAGUAAAGUUGCACUUUCAUUGUGAUGUUGGAAUUAACAGACACCCAAUGUAGUUUGGCCUGGGUAUAAAUGGAAACUCAGCUGGAGCAAAACCAGAGCACCGGUAAAAUGGGUGUGAUUGUGGCAGAUACAUGCACUUCACCUCUUCAGGAUUUUUCUGAACUUCUGCUGUAUUUCACAAAUAAAGAUUUGUAUUAAAAAUA